AUGCAACACGCGCAAGCCCGCGCACGCCCAAACGCCGACGCCGAGCUUCCUCUUUGCCGGGCUGGCUUCCACCUCGGCCGUGCUGACAUGCGAGGCUACCGCGCUGUCAAGUACUUCCUGUUCAUCUUCUGCUACGUCUUCUGGGUGCUGAGCGCCAUCCUGAUUGUGGUGGGAGUUUACGCCAAAGUCGCCAAGGAGAAAGAUGUUGUGGACACUUUGGCGUUGGACCCGGCCCUGCUCUUCACGCUGAUCGGCUCCCUGAGUUUCUUCGUCACGUUCCUGGGAUGUUUCGGCGCACUGCGUAACGGCGCUCGCCUGCUCAAGACGUUUGCGUCCAUCGUGGCCGCGCUGCUCCUCCUGCAGCUGACGGCGGGGAUUGCGGGCUACCUCUUCAGCGACGUGGCGAUCGAGCGGACGGAGCGAUUGAUGAUGAAAAGCGUCGUCCGCUAUCGGGAGGAUCGCGACUUGGAGAACGCCAUCGACUUUGUCCAGAAGAAGUUCCGGUGCUGCGGCGUGGGCGGCUACAAGGAUUGGUCCAAGAACGUCUACUUCGAGUGUUCCGACUCCAAUCCCAGCUCGGAGGCCUGCGGGGUCCCCUUCUCCUGCUGCGUCGGCCCCGGCAACCGGACGGUGCCCAACACCAUGUGCGGUUUCGGGGCGCAGCGGCGGGACGGGACUCGGGCCUCGCGGGACGUCUUCCUGGCGGGAUGUCUGGACGAGAUUGUGCAGUGGCUCAACCGAAACGUCAGGACGGUGGCGGGACUCGCCGGCGGACUGCUGCUUCUCGAGGCGUGCGUGAUGUCGUUGGCGGUGGCUCAGGCGUGCUGGAUCAACAAAGUUCGGCAACGACAGAAGGCGGCGGCGGCACGAGCGAGCAGGAGCGCGUCGCACAACAAAGACCAGGUGUGGUUUCCCGCCUUCGCCGGCUUUGACGACCAAUGAGACGACGUCCCGACCGAGAACCCGUUUCCACGGUGACCGCUGAGCUGCGCGCGCACCCAAACAACUCGAAAGCCCAACGCUAACUUUGCACACAAAUUGCUGCACGGGACACUUCACAUAAUACCGUGAAAAAGUUGAAGGCCAAAGAAUUAAAAAAAAAAAUUGCUUUGAAGAUGAGAUUUCUUGUUCUUCUCUGAAGACGCGACAAAGAAUGGAAUUCACGGCAAUGUUGAACGCACUAUAAAAGGCGCCGAAGUGGACCGCGGAGCAUCCUGACGCCGCAACAAAAGUCCGGAACGCUGACGCUCGGCUCGCCCUCUCGAUGAGAAGCU